CUUUCUCGUCCGGCGUUUCCUGUCCGGUUUCCACCACUUCUUUCGUUCUCAUCUCUCUGUGUACCCAAAAUUCUCUCUUCUUCUGUGCUCUGAUCCUCUGGAGCCUGGAGUUUGGUGAUCGUCGUGGCGUCCGUCGCCCAUUGUGGCUUCCAAUGUCGGCUUCUCUGACUUUUGUCUCCACAUUUCUUCUUUUGCUCUGAUCUCCUUCUGCUACCUUCAACUGCUUCACUUGUAUUUGAGCUGUAUUGUCCAUUUGUAUCGGCCAACUCUAGAGUUUCCUAUUCCUUCUACAGUACUUUUCCCCUUUUAUUAGGUCAUUCCCGUGCCUUUCACUGUACUGUUCUGUUUCAUCAAAUCCAGUGGGAUUAGUGAGAUAAGGUGGUUGGGCCGCCUCAGCCACCGGUGUACAGAUGAUUGUUGUCUCAUGGAACUGUCAGGGCCUUGGGCAGGCCUUAACCAAGAGAACGCUCAAAGAUCUUUGCUAUAAAUUGCGUCCUUCCAUUGUUUUCCUGAUGGAGACAAAGCAACGAACCUGGGUAUUAGAGCGACUCCGUCGGCAAUUGGGGUUCUUUGGAGGGGAGUACGUUGAGCCGGAUGGAAGGUCAGGCGGUCUUGCCAUCUGGUGGGAGGAAGGCAUGGAUAUACAUUUCUUUGAGAAGACCAAGUUUUUCAUCGAUGGAGUGUGUCGAGAGAAACAACAGGACACAUGGCACUUCACAUUUGUACAUGGUCCAUCACGGAGAGCAGAGCGUCCAAGCUUUUGGAGGGAAUUUACGCGAAUUCAUCGGUCUCAAGUCAUCCCUUGGCUGGUGCUAGGGGAUUUGAAUCUUUUGACUUCAAGCGGGGACUGCCAGCACGCAGGUUCGUCUAAUUCUUUCUUCUUACUAAAUGAAUUGAUGGCACAAGGACACUUAGUGGACCUUGGUUUUAAGGGCAGCCCUUACACUUGGACAAAUGGUCGUGAGGGAGAUGCCAAUGUUCAGAGAAGACUAGACCGAGCGUUGGCAAAUUCAGCAUGGCAAAAUUUAUUUCCUUCUACUCAAGUUUUACACGAACUCCGAUUGGGUUCAGACCAUUGCCCUUUAGUGUUAAGCACUGAUGCAAUCCCUAAACCAAAGGGCAAGAGGUUUCGCUAUGAAAUGCAAUGGGAGUUACAGGAUGGGUUUACGGAGGUGAUUCAGCAAGGAUGGCACAAAGUUACGUCAGGAUCUUCCUUAUUCCAAUUGGCUAAGAAGCUACAAAGUUGUAAGCAGACUUUGAAGGAUUGGAGUAAGCAGCAUAGAAGUCAUAAAUCCUCUGAUGUUCAAUUUCUCUUAAAUGAGCUUGCUUUGCUUCAACAGCAGCCCAUGGAUGCUAACAAUUCGCGAAAACAGAGAGAAAUUAUUCAGCAUAUAGAUAAAAUAUGGUCUGAAGAUGAGGCUUACUGGUUUCAACGUUCACGUGUCAACUGGUUGAAAUUUGGGGAUAGGAACUCUUCCUUUUUUCAUGCUAUUGCCUCACGAAGGAGAUCCAGAAAUCAUAUUGUAAAGCUAAAAGAUGAUAUGGGAAGAUGGUUGCAACAGCCUGCUGACAUCGAGCAACAUAUUUUUCACACUUUUCAAAAUCUUUAUUCUGAGCACAAUGCUUCCAACUAUACUGACAUUUUGAACCUUAUUCAACCAACUGUUACAGAUGAGAUGAAUUCUAAACUUUGUGCCACUGUGACAAUGAAGGAGGUGGAACAAGCAACCUUUCAACUAGGGGCAUUCAAAUCACCAGGGCCGGAUGGUUUCCCCGGUGUUUUCUAUCAUCGAAAUUGGAACCUGGUGAGAACUCAUAUUUUCACUGCUAUAUCUCAUUUCUUUGAACAUGGAUACAUGUUUAAGGAAUUAAAUUGCACUAAUAUUGUCCUUGUGCCCAUAGUUAAGAAUCCAGAGAUGAUAUCUCAGUAUAGACCCAUCUCUCUUUGCAAUUUUUCAUAUAAAAUAAUAGCAAAGAUCUUGGCUAAUCGAUUGAAAGGGUUGCUUGAUUGUUUGAUUUCUCCCCUUCAGUCAGCUUUUGUGCCCGGCAGGAUGAUACAGGACAACAUCCUUGUUGCUCAUGAAGCAUUCCAUUCUCUCAAGCUCAGACGCAAUAAAGGGUGUCCUUACAUGGCUGUCAAACUUGAUAUUCGCAAAGCUUAUGAUAGUGUUCGAUGGUCUUUCUUACAAGAUGUGCUCCGAGCUUUUGGUUUUUGUGAGCGCUGGGUGCAGUGGAUCAUGCAAUGUGUAACUACUGUUUCUUAUUCUCUUAUUGUGAAUGGCAAAUCCAUGCCUUUGUUUUAUCCAAAAAGGGGGCUACGCCAAGGCGACCCACUUUUACCUUAUCUCUACUUAUUUGUCUCUAAUGUUUUAUCUCGCAUGUUUAAUGAAGCUGAAAGGCAGAGGUACAUUUCCGGCUUUCAAAUCAAAAGGGGAUGUCCGAAAAUAUCUCAUCUACUCUUUGCUGAUGAUACCCUUGUCUUUGGGAAGGCAACAUACCAAGAAGCUGCUCAGAUUUUGGAGAUUUUGAGGCAAUAUGCUGUUGCAUCGGGCCAGCAGGUUAAUUUCUCUAAAUCUGCUAUUAUAUUUAGCAAUAAUACCCCCUUUUGUAGAAGGACAGAGAUUUGUGCCCAGUUCGCAAUCAGAAGCGACUCUUCAGUCUCCAAGUUGCAAGGAUGGAAAAGAGCCCUGCUUUCGCAAGCUGGUCGUGAAGUACUAAUUAAGGCAGUUGUGUUAGCCAUGCCUUCCUAUGCUAUGGCAUGCUUUAAGUUUCCGGUACGAAUUUGCUCUCUCAUCAAUAAAGAGAUUAGAGCAUUUUGGUGGGGUCAACAAGAACAAGAAAAGAGAAUUAGUUGGAUCCCCUGGACUAAAAUGGUCACUAGUAAAUGGCACGGAGGGUUGGGAUUUAAGGAUUUAGAGUGCUUUGAUUUGGCCCUUCUUGCCCGACAAGCAUGGAGAUUAAUUAAUCACCCAAAUGCUUUGUGGGCACAAGUCUUGAAAGCUAUCCAUUUUCCAGAUGUGGACUUUGUUAAUGCUCAGGAGGGAAGUAAUCCAUCUUGGGCAUGGAAAAGCCUACUUAAAGGAAGAAACUUGCUUCAGCAUGGAUUAGGAUGGAAUAUUGGAUCAGGGGAGUCGGUUAAUGUGUGGUCUGAUGCAUGGGUUCCUAUGCUCCCAUCCUUUCGCAUUUUAUCUCCUGCUCCUCCUGAUAAGGAGAAUUUGAAAGUGAGUAACUUGGUGUCCGCGCGUGGAACUUGGGAUACUAGGAAAUUAAAUGCUUUAUUUCAACCAUAUGAAGUGAAUGAAAUUCUUAAGAUCCCUUUGGCAGCUUCAUGUGAUACUAUUGUGUGGCAUUACACUAAGAGUGGGGAUUUCUCUGUUAAAACUGCUUACUUUGUUGCUACCUCUCUUUCCAUGGCCACACAGCCAUCUGCUUCUAGGCCUUCAGCCUUUUGGAAGAGCAUUUGGAAGUUAAGAGUUCCUCCUAAGGGCCCUACCUCUCUUUUAAGGUCCCCUCUUCUUCAUCCUUGGGUAAUCGUUUCUCUGUGUGGUGCGUGUGAAGCCAUGCCAUGGCAAACUUAGUGGCCUUGUGCAUUGGGGUUUAGUCACAUUGGACAAUAAAAAAAGAAACAUAUGUGUUUUAA